GAAGGAGGCUAACGGGUGAGGUUAGCCGGAGGGGUGAGGUAUGAGGGGACAGCUCCUGAAGUCACUCUUCUCUCUGAUGGUCACCCUCCUCUUCCUGGGGAGUCUGUUCACCUCGCUCAUCUGGUUCAUGUUCAUCAGCAACAAUGUGGAACCUCACCGACCACCUCAGAAGAAAAACGCCCCUCAGCACUCUGACCCUUGUAAAGGCUGCAGGGAGGUCAUUGACAAAGUGGUGGCACGUUACUCUCAACCCUGGAAGAGGCAGGAGGACAGUUACCAAAAAUUCAGAUUUCAGCUGAGCAGUAAGUGCCACGGAUUCAACAAGGCCAUAAUUACAAAGACCAACACUCCAGUGGGAUCCAAGCUUGUUUACGACGGGGAGAAGAAGAGAACUCUGCAGGUGACUCCAGAGAUCUUCAGCACCUUUAUCAAGGACCAUCCUUUCUCCAAUAAAACAUGGGACACUUGUGCCGUUGUUGGAAAUGGUGGGAUCCUGACCAACAGCAGCUGUGGAAAAAUGAUCGACUCAGCUCAGUUUGUCAUCAGGUGCAACCUCCCUCCUUUGGCAAACGGAUAUGAGAAACAUGUUGGCGUCAAGACUGACCUUGUGACGGCAAACCCGAGCAUUCUCUUAGAGAAGUAUGGGGCUCUGAUGGGACGCCGACGUCCGUUUGUGGAGAGUCUACGUACCUAUGGGGACUCCCUGCUGCUGCUUCCUGCCUUUUCUUUUGGCCAUAACACUCCUGUGUCUCUGCGGGCCGCCUACACUAUCGAGGACUUUGAGAGCCCAACCCGACCUGUCUUCUUCAACCCCGAGUACCUCCACAGUUUGGCCCUGUUCUGGCGCUCUCAGGGUCUGAAGGCAGUGCGACUCAGCACUGGCCUCAUCAUGGCCAGUCUGGCUGUGGAGCUCUGCAGUAACGUUCAUCUGUAUGGAUUCUGGCCCUUCAGUAACCACCCGCAUGGCCUCCAACCCCUGACCAACCACUACUACGACAACAGGCAAACUAAAACAAAGUUCCAUGCCAUGCCAGCUGAGUUUGACCUCCUGCUGCGGUUGCACAGUCAGGGUGUCCUCAGGCUACACCUGGGAGACUGUCCAACAAGUGGAAAGUAGUUCCCAGGGACAAACGACACAACAACAAAGUGCCUUCUUUAGCCUCAGGAUGAAAGCAGUCACUCAGACAUUUCAAAUGACUGAACCAGUUUAUUUCAGCUGAUGGAAGGGAUUGAGCUUGUCCACCCGGUUACCUUUCAGCAGCCAAGACGUUUGCACUGAAACCUAAAUGCAACAAUUAGAAGACUGUCUGCAGUCUUGCAGUGUAUCUACAACUCUAUUUAUUACCACAAAUGUUCCAGCUGGAGUCUGGAGGGAAUUAUUUAGAUUUUACUGGGAUGCCUUUGUGAGGCCUUUGUGAGGAUCUACGUCAUAGUGCCUUAUGUUCAUCACUUACUAAUGAUAGCUUUUGGAUCAAACUGAAUGUAUUUCGAAGGAAAUCAAAUACCUCCUUUACAUGAAGAUUGUCUGUUUAUUGAAAACACCAGCACACUGAAUGUUUAAACCCACAUAACACAUUUAACCACUUUGAGAAAUAUUCUGUGAAGGGUUAAUGUUUGGUACUCACUGAAAUCACACCAGUGUGCUGAUUGUGGAAUCUGAUUUCUCUACUGUUGUUUUCACUGACACUGCUGGACGUGAUGCAGAUUUUAUGUAAAGAGUCGUGUCCAAGUAGCCUCAAAUGCAAAUCGCCAUGGACUGUGGAGCCAAGGAUUUAACAGAGACGCUACAGAAAGAAACAGGAAUUAAAAAUACGAGUAAAAGCAUCCAGGGGGCCUCAGCUGACAAAGGUUGUUAUGGUGAGCUUGUGUUACAACGUGCUUCGCCUUGUUGCCACAGUGACUGCACAGGGCAAAGCGCUGUACUGCCACAAAGUGGUAACAUACAUGUAUUGGUACAAUGUUGGUUUGGAAACAAGUGCUAUGUAAGUUGAUGUUAAGUUAAUGCAGAUUUAACUGACUCUAAUGUAAGGAGAUUGUGAAUUGUGCACUUUGGGUGAAAAUUAUAGCGCUUUCUGUUUUUUUACACAAGACCUGGCUGGGUUUUGUGUAACGGGGAUUCAUGCUGACAACAUUAGAGUCUUAAUAGUGAUUUUUGUGAUGCAGAAAUAAACAAUGUACAUGCUGUAGAUGACCAAACUUGACAACUCUUGGUGAGCCAACUGUAGAAUCAUGUGAAUGUUUGUGAUUUCUUUUUCUUGAAAAGCACGAAGUGAGAGGGAAAAUUGGGAUACAGUGAAUAAAUAUUUAUCUGAAAAGGUU